GACGGGGUGAUUGAAUUUGAGGGAAGUGGGUUUGAGUCACUUGGAGUGUGACAGCCGCCAUCAAACGGGGUGUGUCCUGGGAUAAUUUCACUCUUAUGUAGGGAGUGCCCAGAAUUGGUUUCAUUCUGGAUUGCGAGCGCAACACCUCUGCGUCUUUCUGCAAACAGCGGUGAAACUCUCCAGGAAACUGAACUCUGAGGUUUGAAACUAACGUGCAUCUGCGACCAACCCUGUGGACACUCUCAUUGUGCUCGCACGUCCCCUACAGACUUCUCUGCCAAUGUCUGCUCCUCUUCUGGGAGCUCCUCUGUGGGUUCUGUGUUUGUCCCCCGUCGUUCUGCACCACCAAUGACCAGGAUUCCCUUCGAUCAGCAAAAUUAUGAUCGGGAUGAACUUCGUUCAGUGCCGCCGCUCCCAGUUCCUGAAACCCUGCUGUGAUCACCUGUCCCAGUUGUGAGCUCCUCUGUAGAUCCCACUGUGUUGACACUGUCAAAGGAAGCUGUUGAUUCCUGUCCUGAUUUUGGAGAAGUGUUUGAGUAUUCCCACAAUAACUGUCGCUUGCCCGAGUUCAGAAAGUGACGGCAUAUCCCCGAUAGGCCACCCUCAGUGUGCUGGGAUCCGCCCCUCUGCCUGUAGACCCCUGAAUCCGUGCCGGGGCCACCCCUGUAGAGUCCUCCCUCUGUGCCGAGAUCUCCCCUGUACUGGGUCGCCCACUGUGGACCCUCUCCCAGUGACGGAAGCUCUCUUGCCCGUUCUGUUGCUGUUCCCCGUUGUUCUGCCCGCUGAGCUCGUUUCACUUUUCUCAGUGGAGCCGCCUUCUGCUGGUCUGAGCCCCGAGCUCAUUUUAUGUCUGGGCAGUGGGUGAAUCUCGUUGUCCAGUGCGGGCUCCUGUGCAGUGAAGGGGUUGAGGUUUCAUGGAGCCCACCCGGGACACGGUGAGGUGAUUGGUCGGGGUGAUUGAAUUUGAGGGAAGUGGGGUUGAGUCAGUUGGAGUGUGACAGCCUCCAUCAAACACGGGGCGUGUCCUGGGAUAAUUUCACUCUUAUUCAGGGGGUGCCCAGAGUUAGUUUCAUUCCGAUUAAGAGCGCUCAGCAACACCUCUGGACCGCUCUCUAAACAGCCGGGACACACAAUCCGCGAAAUCGAACUCCUCACGGGGACCAUGGCAGUUGCACACCUUUUCAUGAAUGAAGAAGCUGCCAGCAAGAUCGGAGAGUGCCUUUCAAGAGAGAUCAAAGCUGUGGAGUCGCUGGCCAGCAACCUGAGCAGAAUUGGGAACAGAGCCUUGAGUGAGGCGGACAUUGACAUGAUCCAGAUGCUGGUUCAGGAAGCACACUGGGGAGCACAGGGGGCUUAUGACCUGGCUUCUGGCUACCUGAAAAAGGUUCAGUCAGAAUGUGAGAAGUUAACGGAAGAGAAAGGCAGGUUGCAAGAAGAGGUGAAAGAGAAGAAACAGCAACUGAGCAAUUUACAAGCCCAGUUACCUCACAUCAGAAAGGAGAAGGAAGGGCACGAAAAUUACUUGCGUGAUGCAAGAGAAUCACUGAGAGUGGCAGAGGAAGCAUUGGAGAGACAAAGGGAACAUGAGAGGUCGAUGGCAGUAGGACGGGACGUUGGCAUUGGGCUUAUGUUUAUUCCCAUCAUUGGCACAAUCGCAGGAGCUAUAACUGUCGGUGUUUGUGAAACCAGUCGACAGCAGGCAGAGGAGAGCUGUCGACAGGCCAACGAACAAGUGGAGAGACAGCAGGAGCAAGUUUCAAAAUGUUCAAGGGAUCUGGAAUCCUGUAUCUCACGCAUAGAGGAGAAAAGGAAAGAGAUCAACCAGACUGAACAAAGUAUACAAGACGUUGAGAAUGAACUGGAAAGCCUGCACGAGCUGCUGAAAAAUCUCUUUGACAUAGAUUGCCAGCUGAAACAUGGGACAGUCGCUGUGAGUGAACUGCUUGGUAAAUCGAAAGUGCUGAAGCUUCGCAGUGAGAAAUUUUUGAACUUGGAUGCACUGAUCAUUGUUGUCAAUGACAUAAUUGCCCACAUAUUAAACCUGCCUCACCUGCAAGGUGGGAAGCUGCUGCGUCUGGAGGCAGCCACUGUUGAAAUGCUGACAACUCUCAGUGAUCAACUGAAAGCAAUUGAAUGGUCAGGUUCAGAUCUCAGUGAGUGGUGCUAAUGACGAUGAGCGGAGUAACUGUGUGCACUGGGCUGUGCCACGGGGCACUGUGCUGCUACAGGCUACUGAUGUGUUCCCGGCUUUUUAACUCCUGCUCCAGUUCCUGCUCCAGUUAUUCCUGCAACUCAGCUGGAGUCACCCAGCACAGGAACAGCCCACUGAGUCCAGGCCAACCAUCAACCACCCAGUUACACUAAUCCUGCAGAAAUCUCAGUUUUGAAUCUCCCCACAUUCUCACCAAUUCCCCCCAGAUUCUGCCCCUCACCUACACAUUUGGAGCAAUUUACAACACCCAGUUAUCUGACCAACCCUCAUGGCUUUCAGAUAUGAGAGGAAACCUGAGGACCCAGGGGAAACCCACAGGGUCACAGGGAGAACAUGCAAACUGCACUCAGACAGCAUCCGAGGUCAGGAUUGAACCCAGAUCCCUGGCACAUAUAAAGAAUAUAUUUCAAACCACAUGGAGAUGUUUAGGUUUUUGCAGACAUAAAAAUAGUUUCCAAAUGUAUUUAACAGGGUAGGUGAACACGGACAUUGGGGAAUUUGGCCCAGAGUUAUUUGUAAAUGAAUCCCACAAUGUACAAUGAUUUCAGACCCUGAUCUCCACCAGUCACUGCCAGUGAAUUGAGUAGGAUGCACAGCACUGGGGACUAUAGCAUGUUCAAACUUAGAAAAAAUUAGGAGUGUUACUGUUGAUCCUUUGCUUAAAUUAGAGGAAGUUUGGAGUCCAUUCAUUCAAUAUUUCCGUAUGAUAUAAACGGACCUUUCUCGAAUCCCAUUGAAUAUAGAGCGGAGCUGACGACAUAAGAAUGAUUUUUUUAAUAGAAGAAAUACCAGUCCAGUUUUUUUUUGUUUGAAGUUUUUGGUUUGCUUUUGUCUGUUAUUAUAUAUUUUAUUUGAUUUGGGGGGGUUUUUCUUUUCAUAUAAUUAAAUUUCUUUUCAAUUUCUCUUUUUUUUGCAUUAUGUACACUUGGCAAGAGAGCAGGAGGUCCAGAUGACAUACUUUACUCCUUGUGAGUAUAAAUAUUAACAGUCAUUACUGUUACCCCGAUCUCUUCGCAUCAUGUGUAUUAAUGUUACGUAUAUUAAUUUGAAUUAAUUUGAAAUUCAAUAAAAAGAAUGAAAAGAGAGGAUGCUCAGCACUCUCUGUGCAGCGUCGUUAAGUUGCUGGCCGGCCGUGACUACCUUAUUAACCAAUUUCCUCCAUUCACAAUACUGAAGUGUUUGUACGCUGAUCUGAAUGUCAAUGUAUCACUACGCUUGUUAUUAAAUAUAAAU